GCGAUGGCGGAGCUGCGUGCGGCGGGCGCGGGGCCCGGCCCGGCCGCGCCCCCCGGGCCCGCGGCUCUGCCCGCGGCCCCCGGCGCGCCCCCGGCCCUGCCCUCACCGGCGGCGAGCGUUGGGGCUGCGCCACCCCCGACGGCGUCGCCGGCGGCACCGACAGCGUCGGCGGGCGGCGGAACCGGCGCGGGCGGCGGCGGGGCCGGUCCCGGCUCGGCCCGCGAGGGUUGGCUCUUCAAAUGGACCAACUACAUCAAGGGAUACCAGCGGCGCUGGUUCGUGCUCAGCAAUGGGCUGCUCAGCUACUACCGAUCCAAGGCAGAGAUGGGCCACACGUGCCGUGGCACCAUCAACUUGGCCACGGCCAACAUCACCGUGGAGGAUUCCUGCAAUUUCAUCAUCUCCAACGGGGGAGCCCAGACCUACCACCUCAAGGCCAGCUCCGAGGUGGAGCGGCAGCGCUGGGUCACCGCCCUCGAGCUCGCCAAGGCCAAGGCUGUCAAGAUGCUGGAGGAGUCAGACGACUCGGGCGAUGAGUCGGUGUCGCAGACAGACAAGACGGAGCUGCAGAACACCCUGCGGAUUUUAUCCAGCAAAGUGGAGGACCUGAGCACCUGCAACGACCUGAUUGCCAAGCACGGCACGGCCCUGCAGCGCUCCCUCAGCGAGCUCGAGGCCCUGCGGCUCCCUCCGGACAGCACGGACAAGAUCAAGCAGGUCAACGAGCGGGCCACGCUCUUCCGCAUCACCUCCAACGCCAUGAUCAACGCCUGCCGGGAUUUCAUGCUCCUGGCACAAACGCAUGGGAAGAAGUGGCAGAAGUCGCUGCAGCAGGAGCGGGAUCAGCGGAUCCGGCUGGAGGAGACGCUGGAGCAGCUGGCCAAGCAGCACAACCACCUGGAAAGGGCUUUCCGGGGGGCCACGGUGCUCCCCGCCAGCACACCCGGCACUGGAGGCUCUGGCAAAGAUCUGUGCUGCCCUGCCAAAGGCGACCUGAGUGACGAGGACGAUGACAACAACGAGUUCUUUGACGCCCCGGAGAUCAUCCCCAUGCCUGACAUCAUGGGCCACAAGAGAACUGGGAGCAACAUCAGCGGCACCAGCAGUGACAUCAGCCUGGAUGAGCAGUACAAGCACCAGGUUGAGGACACCAAGAAGGAGAAGAGAACCCGCAUUCCCUACAAACCCAACUACAGCCUCAACCUCUGGAGCAUCAUGAAGAACUGCAUCGGGAAGGAGCUGUCCAAGAUUCCCAUGCCAGUGAAUUUCAAUGAGCCGCUGUCCAUGCUGCAGCGGCUGACAGAGGACCUGGAAUACCACGAGCUCCUGGAUCGGGCGGCGCGGUGCGAGAGCUCCCUGGAGCAGCUGUGCUUCGUGGCCGCUUUCACCGUGUCCUCCUACUCCACCACUGUCUUCCGCACCAGCAAACCCUUCAACCCGCUCCUGGGGGAAACCUUCGAGCUGGAUCGCCUGGAGGAGAACGGGUACCGCUCCCUCUGCGAGCAGGUGAGCCACCACCCGCCAGCCGCCGCCCACCACGCCGACUCCAAGAACGGCUGGACGCUGCGCCAGGAAAUCAAAAUCACCAGCAAAUUCCGAGGGAAAUACCUCUCCAUCAUGCCUCUGGGUACCAUCCACUGCAUCUUCCACUCCUCCGGCAACCACUACACGUGGAAAAAGGUGACGACCACCGUGCACAACAUCAUCGUGGGGAAGCUCUGGAUAGACCAGUCGGGUGAAAUUGAGAUCGUCAACCACAAGACAGGGGACAAGUGCAUCCUCAAGUUUGUCCCUUACAGCUACUUCUCCCGGGAUGUGGCGAGGAAGGUCACCGGGGAGGUGAUGGACCCCUCGGGAAAGGUGCAUUUCGCCCUGCUGGGCACGUGGGACGAGAAGAUGGAUUGCUACAAGGUCCAGCUGGGAACAGGGGACAACGGAGCCGAGGCGCGGCCGCGAGCCCACGAGUCCGAGGACAGCCGGGUGCUGCUGUGGAAGCGGAACCCGCUCCCGAAGUACGCAGAGAACAUGUACUACUUCUCGGAGCUGGCGCUGACCCUGAACGCGCCGGAGAACGGGACGGCCCCCACGGACAGCCGGCGGCGCCCGGACCAGCGCCUCAUGGAGAACGGGAGGUGGGACGAGGCCAACGCCGAGAAGCAGCGGCUGGAGGAGAAACAGCGGCUCUCCCGCAAGCGCCGCGAGGCCGAGGCCGCCCGCGCCACCGAGGACGGUAAGGCACGGCUGUCAGACAGGGAUGUGUCCCCUCGGUGUCCCCCCCAGGCCCUCACCCCGCUGUGCCCCCCAGGGACACCCUACGAUCCCUACAAACCGCUGUGGUUCGAGCGGAAGAAGGACCCGGUGACGCAGGAGCUGGCGCACGUCUACAAGGGGGGCUACUGGGAGAGCAAGGAGAAGCAGGACUGGAGCUUGUGCCCGGAUAUUUUCUGAGCCCGGCGAGAGGAGGAGGAGGAGGAGCGGCGGGGGGGAGGGAUGAAGGCCAGGACCCCCCCUGUCCAUCCGUCUGUCUUAACCGUGUGUCCCCGUGCCUCGCCGUGAGCGCCGGCCGGGCUCUGCCUUAGCCCACCCAAACUGACCUUGGGGAGCAGCAGCCAACACAGCCACCCCAAAAUCCGUGCUGGAGCAGAGGGGCUCCGUUCGUCCCACCCACCUCCUCGGCACCCUGGGGUGGGGGGCACGGCCGCCUCCGGGGUGGGGGGCCCCGGGGAAGGCGCAGCGGGGCGAGCCCGAGGCUGGCCUUGGUCUCCCCCCUCCCCUUUUAUUCCCGUUCCCCUUCGUCCCCAGGAGUUCGGGUGCUUUUGGGGUCCGGGGGGGCCAGACUCCCCCCCAGCCUGUUCUAUAGGUGUAUAUUAUAUAUAUGUAGAGAGCAAUCGGGGUCCCCAUCUCCCCCACAGCCCCCAGUUUGGGGUGUCCCCACCCUCCCUGGGAUGGUCCCCACACGUGGGGAUGCCCCCCCGAGGUGCCUUCCCUGUAGGUUUAGGGCAGGGGGAGGGCCUGGGUUUUUUGGGGGGUCUCUCCAGGGUGCAGUGGGACCCCUGCACCCCCAGACACUACAGGGGUGAGGAGAUACACCGUGGGGGGAGUCUCUGCACCCCUGAAUCUGAAAUCGGGGGCAUUUGAUGCCUUUUUAUUUUUUUUUUCUUUUUUUGGGUUUUUUCUUUUUUUGUCUCCAGAAAAAGAACUAAAUUAAAAUCUGUGAAUGCCCCAA